AUGAAAGAAAUGAAACUAGUUUGGUCUCCAGAGAGAGCUACUAACUCAUACAUCGACACUGUUCAAGCUGUGAGCACCACUCAGUGUCAGCUUUCCAACGAAUCCGGCGUGGCGGAGAUGGUAUCCGCUAUGGCGGCGGGAUGGAACGCGCAGCUGAUAGUUGAAACAUGGUCACGUGGCGGAGUUAUUCCAACCAGUGUUGGUUUAUCCAUAGCGAGCCGUCACACAGGUGGAAGACACGUGUGUAUAGUUCCUGAUGAGCCGUCGAGAUUAGAGUAUGCAAAAAGCAUGGGAGAAGUGGGUGUGUCACCGGAGAUUAUGGUCGGGGAACCGGAGGAAGUGAUGGAUGGUUUAGUUGGAAUAGAUUUUUUGGUUGUUGAUUCUCGAAGGAAGGAUUUUCCGAGAGUGUUGAGGUUAGCAAGGUUGAGUGGUAAAGGUGUUGUGUUGAUAUGUAAGAAUGCCAAUUUUAUUUCCAAGAUGGACUCUAGUUAUAUAUUUCGGAGCGUGGUCGCGAGGGAAUCGAGACGACUGGUUCGUUCGGUGUUUCUUCCGGUGGGGAAGGGAAUUCAUAUGGCACACUUAUCGGCUGCCGGUGGUGGUGAGAACUCUGUAUCGGCGGUAAAGCAUAAGCGAUGGAUAAAACAUGUUGAUCAACGAUCAGGGGAUGUUCAUUUUAUUAGAAGAUAA